AAGGGGUAAGCGCGUCUAGGCAACUUCGUAGGGAAAGCGUAGUCAAACAGAGAUCAAAAUCCCCUUUUGUGUCCGAUAACACGCUAUCUUCGACAAUAAAACCCUAGACUUGAAAUUGAAUUCCCAAUCUUCGAGAAUAAUAUCCAGAUUUGAAGUUGAAUUACUCGGAAAACUCAGAUCCUUUUGAGAAAUCAUCAUCAUCAUCAUAGCCAUGGGGAACACCGAGAAAUUGAUGAACCAGAUCAUGGAAUUGAAAUUCACGGCAAAGUCGCUGCAACGUCAAGCCCGCAAGUGCGAGAAGGAAGAGAAAGCCGAGAAGUUGAAGAUCAAGAAAGCCAUGGAGAAAGGUAACAUUGAUGGUGCUCGAAUCUACGCCGAGAACGCCAUCCGCAAGAGAACCGAGCAGAUGAACUACCUCCGUCUCUCUUCGCGCCUCGAUGCAGUUGUGGCUCGGCUUGACACCCAGGCCAAGAUGACCACCAUUAACAAGUCCAUGGGCUCCAUUGUCAAAUCCCUCGAGUCUUCUUUGAACACUGGAAACCUACAGAAGAUGUCCGAGACCAUGGACCAGUUCGAGAAGCAGUUCGUCAAUAUGGAGGUCCAGGCCGAAUUUAUGGAGAGCUCCAUGGCCGGGUCCACCUCGUUGUCCACUCCCGAAGGCGAGGUCAACAGCCUCAUGCAGCAAGUGGCCGACGAUUAUGGUCUCGAGGUGUCCGUGGGGCUUCCUCAGCCGGCAGCUCAUGCCGUGCCCACCAAGGAGACCGAGAAGGUCGACGAGGACGACCUCUCCAGGCGCCUUGCUGAGCUUAAGGCUAGAGGGUAAAAUAAUAAUUGGAGAAUCGAUGCGUUCUUGUGCGGAUUUGACAUAUAUAUGAUUAUAUAUAUCUAUAUAUAUAUAUUUAGUGAAUGCGGACUAUGACUAAUGUUGGAAAUUUUAAAACUUUUGUCAUUUGUGUAAAUUGUAUUGAAUCUAAGUUCCUGCAUUAUUUUGAUAUGAACUUUGUGCUUACGAGUGUUUAUAAAGCUUUUCACUGGCA